AUGUUUUCUAGUGAUGAAGAAACAUCCGAAACAGAAGAAACUGUAGGUUUAUCAACCAUAACGCUUAGUACUACAGAGCAGCUAACUAGACUACAAAUUGAAAAAGAGGAACUUCAACUGAAAAACCUACGUCAGCAAGAAAACGAAGCUAUUAAUACCCAAAAGAAUGACGAUCCUCUUAAUAAUCCGGUAUAUACUAGUAGAUUGCAAAAUUAUCUUGUUAAAGUAAGUUUUUUGACACAUUUAUGA